AUGUCUUUCGAGUACGGUCAAUUCCCCAACACUCCGCAAGAGGGUGCACCAGGCCAAGUGCCUACUCCUCAGGAUGGUGCUCCUCCAGGUCAGCAGGUUGACCAAUCUGGCCAACAGGCCAUGCAAUAUUCUCCUGCAGAUGGCAACUCUGCCCCUCAAGCUGGCCCGGGAGGAGAACAGAAGACCACUCUCUGGAUGGGUGAGCUUGAGCCUUGGAUCGAUGAGAACUUCGUUCGCAACCUUUGGUUUCAAAUGGGUGAGCAGGUUAGUGUCAAGAUGAUUAGGGAUAAAUUCUCCGGCAGUAAUGCGGGCUAUUGCUUCGUCGAUUUCUCUUCCCCAGCCGCCGCCGCAAAGGCUCUUCAGCUGAGCGGACAGCCCAUGCCCAACUCCAGUCGCCCUUUUAAACUCAACUGGGCUUCUGGUGGCGGCCUUGCCGACCGACGCGAUGACCGCGGUCCUGAGUUCUCCAUUUUCGUAGGUGAUCUUGGCCCAGAAGUCAACGAAUACGUUCUCGUUUCCCUGUUCCAGAGUCGAUUCCCCUCUUGCAAGUCUGCCAAGAUCAUGACCGAUCCCCUCUCCGGUAUGUCUCGCGGCUAUGGGUUUGUGCGAUUUUCCGACGAGGGUGAUCAACAACGCGCGCUUAGUGAGAUGCAAGGCGUUUAUUGUGGCAAUCGUCCCAUGCGUAUUUCUACUGCUACCCCGAAGAACAAGGGUGGACCAAUGGGUGGUGGACCUGGAGGGCUCAAUAUGCCUGGUGCGGGUCCCAUGGGAUAUCCUCAAAUGGGUGGCCCACCUAUCGGCUAUUAUGGUCAGCAGCAGCAACAGCAGCAGGCACCUCAGCCCAUGAACCAGUUCACCGAUCCUAACAACACCACAGUCUUUGUGGGAGGCCUCUCCGGCUAUGUGACCGAGGAUGAGCUUCGUUCUUUCUUCCAGGGAUUUGGUGAGAUCACCUACGUCAAGAUCCCACCAGGGAAGGGUUGCGGCUUCGUCCAGUUCGUCCAACGCCAUGCUGCUGAGAUGGCCAUCAACCAGAUGCAAGGCUACCCAAUCGGCAAUUCUCGUGUUCGCCUCAGCUGGGGUCGCAGCCAAAACAAUUCUGGCCCAGCAGGCACUCCUUACCGCCCUGCUCCACCACCCCCGAUCUAUCCCUCAAUGGGCAUGCCUCCCUCGCACUCAUACGGCAACUAUGCGCCGAUGAAGGUGAGUUAUUAG